UCGGUUAGUGGGUCAUUUCACUGCGCACCUCUCUCUCUUUCUCUCACCCUGUUAGAGGGAGAGAGUGUGUGUCUUAAAACAGACACUGUACAAUUGUUUCUUGGCCUAAAUAUUUUGGUCCUCCAUUUGUCUGAUUUGUUUCCUUCUUGUUAAUUCUUUUAUUCUUUAAAUUGUUAUUAAAAGGAAGUAAAUAAAAAGGAGAAGAGAAAUGUCUAUGAAGAGCAGAGCCGGAGGAGAGAUUGCUGGAAAGAUUAUGACGCCAAGAAAAUGGACUCUUUUCCUUUGCCUUGGCAGCUUCUUUGCUGGAAUGUUCUUCACUAACAGGAUAUGGACAGAGCCAGAACGAUUGAAUUUAGAAACUGGGGAUUGCAAUAUGAAGCAUAAGGUUGGAAGUCGCAAAGCUUCUGAAACCCAGUAUGCAUUCCAGUAAGCUCUGCUGAUGCUGUUACGGACACUAGAUAAUGAAAUAUCAAUUUUAGAGAUGAAAUUGGCAGCUGCUAAGGCAGAGCAUCAAUCUUUGUCAAAUGACACCCCAUCUGGAAACUCAAAAAGGAAAUACUUUAUGGUUAUUGGAAUCAACACAGCUUUUAGCAGUCGGAAGCGAAGAGAUUCAGUUCGUGAAACUUGGAUGCCAAAAGGGGAGAAAAGAAAGAAAUUGGAGAAGGAGAAGGGAAUAGUCAUUCGCUUUGUCAUAGGUCACAGUUCAACAACUGGUGGCAUUCUUGACAAAGCUAUUGAAGCAGAGGAAAUGGCACAUGGAGAUUUCUUGAGAUUGGAACAUGUUGAGGGUUACAUGGAAUUAUCGGCUAAGACGAAGGCCUAUUUUACUACUGCCAUUGAAUUAUGGGAUGCAGAGUUUUAUGUCAAAGUUGACGAUGAUGUUCAUGUGAAUUUAGCAACACUUGGAAUGGCUCUAGCUGCACACCGUACGAAACCACGCGUUUAUAUAGGCUGCAUGAAGUCAGGUCCCGUAAUUGCUAGAAAAGGAGUGCGAUAUCAUGAACCGGAGUAUUGGAAAUUCGGAGAGGUAGGGAACAAGUAUUUCCGUCAUGCUACAGGACAACUAUAUGCCAUAUCAAAGGAUUUGGCAUCCUACAUAUCAAUAAACCAGCAUGUGCUGCACAAAUAUGCAAAUGAAGAUGUUUCACUGGGAUCUUGGUUUAUUGGUAUAGAUGUGGAGCAUGUGGAUGACAGGAGACUAUGCUGUGGUACACCACCAGAUUGCGAGUGGAAGGCUCAGCUAGGAAACAUCUGUGCUGCUUCAUUUGAUUGGAAAUGUAGUGGGAUUUGCAAGUCUGUAGAGAGGAUCGCAGAAGUUCACAAGCGCUGUGGUGAAGAUGAGAAUGCCUUAUGGAGUGCAAGCUUCUGAGAGAGAUCAGAUCAGCUACUGUUCUUCCAAACUCAAGAAGGAUUAGCUGGGAAAGUUAGUAACAUAUAUGCCUACACUGGGAAAGAGAAUGUAGGUAAUACUAAGUUAUAGAAUCAUAUAGAAGAAAAGAAAAAGAAAGAAGACGACAAUGACAAAGAAGACGAAGAAGAAGAGAGCCUGCUGGGGGUAAGUCCUCAAUUUUGGCUGUGGAGGCCAACCCCAGAUUCAUUUGUGUAAGAAAGAAUGAACAGAGGCUAGCUAUAACAAUCAUUCUUUGAAUGUUGGAGGGCCAAGCUGUUGGUCCUCUACCUUGGCAAAUGAGAGAAAUAAUAAGCUGUAAAUCUUUAUAGGCAGCUUUUUUUUUUCUGCCUUUUGCUUCAUAAAUGAUUAUAGUAUGCAGAAAUGUUUAAUA